AGUGCCCACGCCUGCUGUCACCAUGACAACCAUUCACCACAAGCAGAUGCUGCAGGAGCACGUGUCUCUGGAGCUCUCCAGCUUCAGCACCCACGUGCAGACCUUCUCCCAGACAACCAAGAUCGUGGGAGAGCAAGUCGUGUCGAGGAAGUCCUCGGCCACUGUUGAGUUCUUCAACUGAUGCCGGAGCUCCGACGUCCCUGCGGGCGAGAGCGCCCCGGAGUUCGUGGGGAAGCCUCAGCCCGUCACCGCGUCCGAGGGGGAUAAAGCCGUGUUCCCAGCCCGGGUGCAGGGGAACCCCAAACCCCACAUCUCCUGGAAGAAGGAGAGCGGCAUCCCCAUCAAGGAGUCCGCCAACAUCUUCUACGACAGCAUUAACAAGGAACACGUGCUGAAGCUGGAGCCGCUGACCUCAGAUGACUCUGACAACUACGAGUGCACGGCAAACAAUGACCAUGCCGACGCCAUCUAUACUGUGGCCUUGCUGGUGACAGAGGGUCAAGAUAAAAUGGAUUUCAAAAAGAUGUUGAAAAAGAGGUGAGGGUUCCCUGCUCCCAAGAAGAAGCAGAAGAAGGUAGCAAAUGAGAAAGAGAUGCUAGAGGUUUUGUCUAAGGUGCCCAAGGACUUUGAGAGGCUCUGCAUAGAGUACGGUCUCACCAGCUUCCAGGGGCUCCUCAAGAAGCUCAAAGAGAUGAAGAAAGUGGAGGUGGAGGCCAUCUGGAUUCUGAAGUCCUUGGAAAAUAUAGAGACCAAGGUUGACACCACAGUGGUCUCUGACUGUGUCAUGGAGCCAAAGGACCCCAAAGUCAAGAUGAUAUGGAUCAAGGGUAACAAGCCACUGAAGACCCAGUACUUCCUGGGCAAGUACAAUGAACAGAUGGGCAGCAAGCAUAUGCUGGUUCUUACCAAUGUGAACAUGAAUGACGCAGGCACCUACAGCCUGUCCGUGGGCAACAAGUGGAUGAGUGCAGAGCUCAUAGUGCCGGCUAUGAGUGAGCCACUGAAGUUCUUGGGAAAGAUGAAGCCAAUGAAGGUGACAGAGCACCAGACAGCUGUGUUUGAGGUCCGCCUCUCCAAGGAGGUGCCCAACUUUGUGUGGAAGUUCAAUGGGAAGGAGCUGAAGAGGGAUAAACAGUAUGAAAUCACAGAGUCCGAGGAUGGUCUGACCCACAUGCCUAAGGUUAAAGAUGCCAGACUCAGUGACAGUGGCAAGUACUCUGCCAUGGCGAGGGACCUAGUACAGAAGGCCCAGCUCACUAUUGGCAUCCCCAUCAAGUUUGUGAGCACCCUGAAGAACGUACAUGUGAAAGAGAGGAGCCGUGCAUGCCUUGAGUGUGAGCUGACAUCCAAGGAUGUGACACUGUGCUGGAAGAAGGACGGGUGGCUGCUGGAGCAUGGAAGCAAGUACAGCAUGAACCAUGAGGGCAAGCGAGCAGAGCCGGUCAUUGGGGAUGCACAGCUCAGUGACGGUGGUGAGUACACUGUGGUGGCCAUGCAGGAUGGGGACCCCACUGAAUACAAUAGUACUGCCACAGUCACCGUGGAGGAGCGUCUGGCCACCGUGAAGAGCAGGAUGCCCAACGUUCACGUGACCACCGGGAGCGCAGCUGAGCUGUGCAUAGUGCUGAACGGCGAGAAGGUGGAGGGCUCGUGGCUGAAGGAUGGCAAGGAGAUCACGGACUUGCGCGGCGUGCAGAUCGUGAAGCAGGGUGCGGUCCACAAAUUCAUCUUCCCCAUUAUGGGCCCCGAGAAUGAGGGCACGUACACAUUCCGGGCCAAGGGCGUAGAGAGCGAAGCCUCGGUAUUCAUUGCAGAUCCUCCUACCGACAACCCGUCGGUGCUGGAGGGACUGGCCGCGCGCCCAGUGACCGUGAAGGUGGGCCACAUGGCAAAGCCGCUGCCCAAAGUGACGUGCUACGAGGACGGCGUGGAGGUGACAGAGGAGACACGCGUGUCCAGGGAAUGCAGGGAAGACCAGGCGCUGCUCACGGUCUCAACCUGCGUGCGCGAGGACAGCGGCCUCAUUACGCUCAAGCUGAGUGAGCGUGGCUCAGCCACAGCCGCUCUGCACCUCCGUGAGCUAGACCAUCCCAAGCCUCCCCAGGGCCGAGUGGAGUUCCUGGAGCUCUCAGGCAGUUGUGUGCACAUGAAGUGGAAGGCCCUGAAGGACAAUGGUGGGCGGCCUGUGACACAGUUCAUAGUGGAACGGAGGGCCGUCGGCAAGAAGGCCUAGAUUAAGAUAGGCGAGGUGGACAGCAAAGUCACCAGAUUCUCUACCAACAAGGUGGGGGGAAAAGCCUACCAGUUUCAUAUACUGGCAGUCAAUUCAGAAGGAGUGAGCGAGCCACUGGAGACACACGAAGGGUUUCCAGGAAAUCCUAUCGAGCCCUGUGCUAUUGCCUCCCAGCCUCAAGUGACUGAUGUGACCAAAGAGGCUGUGACCAUCACAUGGAAUGCCCCCACCUGGGUGGGGGGCGGGGGGCACCGAGUGCUUGCCUACAUUGUGAAACAGAAGAAGAAAGGCAGCAACCUGUGGGUGCCAGUCAACAAGGAUCCCAUCAAGGACGCCAAGUGCACUGUGGAUGGCCUCCUGGAAGACACAGAAUAUGAAUUCUGAGUUGUAGCUGUGAAUAAGGCAGGACUGGGACAGCCCAGUAGGCUGUCCAACUCAGUGGUAGACAAGGAUCCCGUCAAACCCCCAGGCCUGAGGCAGGCCCUGCACAUGUCUGAGUCCUCCAGCUCCAGCAUCUCCCUGGCCUGGCGGGAGCCUGCAGAGGGAAACCCACCCUCUGGCUACAUCCUUUAGAUGCAGGCUGAAGUCACCAAGUAGUGGUCCAAGUGCACAAACACCCCCAUCUCGGGCCCCUGCUACACGGUGGGAGGCCUCACUGAGAGGCAGAUAUACUUCUUCUGAAUCCGGGCUGUGAACGAGGCUGGGGUUGGGGAGCCUAUGGAACUGGAUGAGGGAGUCCGUGCCAUGCCACCACGAGCUGGCCCCAAGUUUGACCUCAGUGCCCAGCUGAAGAGUCACAUGGUGGUUUGCACUGGGACAGCCCUCUGGAUGCAUGCCGCCUUCUCUGGCUCACCACCACCCAGCAUGAUCUGGCAGAAAGAUGGCAUCCCCACCAAGGGCAGGGAAACCAUCGCCAAGGGCAAAAACCACUCCCAGUUCCUCAUCAACAGCACCAAGCACUCCGACUCAGGGGUGUACCGCAUCUUGCCCCAGAAUGACCUUGGAGAGGCAUAAUAUGACAUCCACGUGCGUGUACCAGAUUUUCCACGACCACCCACAAACCUACAGCUGACCAAGGAGGACACACUGACUCUUACCUGGAACCACAGUCCCAGUAUGAAGGAGGACAGUGAUGCCCGCUAUGUCAUCAUGAAGCGGGAUGCCCAGACCGCCACCUGGUUCACCACAGCCGAUCAUGUGUUCAAUAACAAGUACACGGUGACCGGGUUGCCCUCCCCCGGCAUGAAGUACUACUUCCGAGUGGUGGAGAAUGAAAUCGGUGACAGCGACCCACUUGACACCAAGGAUAUUUGGCUUGUCAACAAGGACAAGAUCGAGGACCUGAGCGCCAAGUCGAAGUCGUCCCAGCCGAAGGACUGGCGCCGCGCGCCGCGCUUCCUGACACUCCCCGCUCCCCGGCCCCAGCCGCCCACGGUGCUGCGCGGCCAGGACUGCACCAUGACCUGCGCCUUCCUUGGGAACUCGCGGCCCACGGUGACCCUCUACAAGGGCGACGUCAACAUCAGGUUCUGAUAAAACUCCACCAGCGGCGUGUGCACAAUCGUCUUCCCCACCUGCACGCUCAAGGACAGCAGCGAGCACAGCGUGCCGGUGAAGGAGCUGGGCAAGGACCGUAGCAGCUGUGCGCUCACCAUCUACGACCAAGAUGAUAAGUCAGUUCUAGCAUCAGUCACCGAGAGUCUGCAGAAGAAAUCCAAGCGUCUUAUGUGAGCUCCAGCCCAGCCCAGGCAUCAGGAGAAUGUUGUGCUGUGGGGCUUCUUGGCCUGUCCUCUGUGUGGCCUCAGUGAGGGAAGCCCAGUUUGCUCUCUGGUGCUUGUCACUGCAAACAUUCAGUGAAAGGAUGGGACAAUAAAUGGAGUGAGCUCACCCUUGCCUGUUCCUGAGUGUGGUGUGCAGCAGGAAUGGGAUGCGGAUACACAGAACCUGGACCCCUGAGAGCUUUGUCCAAACCUACGCACACGGGGAGUGACCAGCCCCCUUUCACUGGACCUUGACUUGCCCACCCCCACCCCCUGCCACAACCACACUGGACCCUCCCCUCCCGGCAGGGCAGAGGGGGACAAGUCUUGCCAGCUUCAUCCUUCUCCCCAUCCUGCUCCCUCCCAUUUCCUCACACCAGGUAGGUCUGUCUUCAGAAUUCUGGGGUUUGAAGGGAUCAGGACCUUGCCUCUUUGGAGCCCAGGGAUCCCAGUGUUUGAGAAUUAGAGCAUCUUAGAGCUAGAAGAGACUGGUCAUCCAGCCCGUUAGGUUUCCAACUUGUUUUGCAAUGGAAUCCUUCCUUUAAAAAAAAAAAUUCCUAAGAAGCUUCUGGACUUGAAUCAAGGAUACGGGGUCUCUGAGCCUCCCUCCUCUACUUAUCCUUUCGCCAUCUCCCACUAGGGAUGCCUAUAAAAACUCCAGUGUGGAAAUCACUGAGUCAUCCAACACCCCCAUGGGACCUGAGUCUCCUCUCUGACAUCCCCCCAAUUGUAGAGCCCCUCUAUUGAUGGCAUGUUCACCACCACCCAAGGCUUCCCUUUCUACUCUGGGUCAGGGCACUGCCUGUUAAGAUGCAAAUGUCCCUGGACUGAGGUAACACAUUAUUCUGCCAGGGCUUCACAUCUAAAGUAUGAAGCAGCCAAUCUAAUCUCAGUCCUCUCAGCUGUUCAACUGAGCCCAGAGCCCAAGGAAAGAGGAGAUGGCUGAAGGGAAUCUGGAUCAUUCUGGAGCAGGCAGCAGGUCUGGGGUGAGGAGGGGAGGAGGCAGGCAGCCGUAGAGAACACUGGGUAACUAAGUCACCAAAGCUGCUAGGCACCCGUGCACAGGGAGUGCAUCACGGAUAAAUCUGGAUAGUGGCAAAUCUACUACCCAUCCUCAUGAACUGCAUCCUCACCCACACACAAGACCAGGGAAGUGAGACCCACUCCAACCAGCACAGUGUCACCAGAGCCAGGAAGCCAGCCUGG